AUGGGAAAAAGUCCUUGGAAUUGAAAGUUUUAGAAGUUCAAACGUUUGCUUAGAAUUAGAUAGGGUCUAACAUUAAACUUUUUUUAAAAAAUAAGAAAUCCAUUUCUCUGUUUGUUGAUUAUAAUAAUAUCCUCAAUCUCUUUCUCUCUCUCUCUCUCUCUCCUGUGUAAAAAAACUCCAUUCAUCAGAAAGAAGACACAGGGGAAAGGGAGGGGGAGGGAGAGAGGCUCUCUCUCUCUCUAUUUAAACGAAACAAAGCACAACCACAUCUACCUCCUCUCUAUAUAUUUACACUGAUGAUUAAUGCGACUUUCUGCAUACUUGUCAUGCACAUAUUUCCCCACCGUUUUUUGUUGAUUCAUUGAGAGAUUAAUUAUUGCCUGAAUCAUCUGAAUUUCCUGACAUUCCCCUUUUGAAAUUCAUGUUCUUUUUUUGAAAUAGAAACCCAAGCCCAACCUCAAUUGUAAAGUGGAUGAUUCUUCUGUUGUUUAAUUUUUGAUCGGAGCUUUCCUUAUAUAUAUAUAUAUCUACGUGUUUCGUUUUCGACGAAAAAAGGGCUUUCUGAAAUUGCAGUCUUUAGGAGGGAAGCGAUAAAGGAGGAAGGCAAAACGGACAUUUCCGUUUCUGGGUCUGUUUCUGCAGGACCCAUAUGAUGUCUGAUGGGUAUUCCACUUCGAAGAAAAGUGAUGAUAUUUGUGAAGACGUUUGCGGUGGAGAGAACCCAAAUUCACCGAUGAGCAUGUCAAGACUUCGUUGUUGUAUUCUUCACGGGCUACUGGAUAUGAGGACCAUCCUUUUUCUAUUUAUUAUUGUUCCAACGGGCAUAAUAGGUGGUUAUUUUCAUGGCCAGAAGGUGACCUACUUCUUCCGUCCACUGUGGCAAAAGGCUCCCGAUCCCUUUGUUGAGAUAACUCACUAUUACCAUGAGAAUAUUACGAUGGAGAAUCUUUGCAAGCUUCAUGGCUGGGGAAUUAGGGAAUACCCAAGACGUGUGUUUGAUGCUGUUCUAUUCAAUAAUGAAGUAGACAUGCUUACAAUUCGGUGGAAAGAGUUGUAUCCUUACAUAACACAGUUUGUUCUUCUGGAAUCCAAUUCAACCUUUACCAGUUUACCAAAGCCUCACUUUUUCGCUGCUAGUCGGGAAAAGUUCAAAUUUGUUGAGCCCAGAUUGACAUAUGGUACUAUUGGGGGUAGAUUUCAGAAAGGUGAAAAUCCGUUUAUUGAGGAGGCAUAUCAGAGAAUUGCACUGGACCGGUUACUUGGAAUUGCUGGCAUUGAGGAUGAUGAUUUGCUGAUAAUGUCAGAUGUUGAUGAGAUCCCAAGUAGUCAUACAAUCAACCUGUUGAGAUGGUGCGAUGAGAUCCCUGAAGUUCUUCAUCUACAGCUAAGAAAUUAUUUGUACUCGUUUGAGUUUUAUUCUGAUAGCAAGAGCUGGAGGGCUUCAGUUCAUCGGUACAAGAAGGGGAAAACUAGGUAUGCACAUUUUCGCCGGACCGACUAUCUCUUAUCGGAUGCUGGCUGGCAUUGCAGCUUUUGUUUCCGCCAUAUUAGUGAUUUUAUAUUCAAGAUGAAAGCAUACAGCCACACUGAUCGAGUGAGGUUCUCUCAUUAUUUGGAUCCUAAGAGGAUCCAGGAUAUUAUCUGCCGAGGCGCUGAUUUAUAUGACAUGCUCCCAGAGGAAUACACAUUCAAGGAAAUCAUUGGGCGAAUGGGACCUAUCCCCCAUUCUUAUUCAGGAGUUUAUCUUCCUUCAUAUUUGUUAGACAAUGCAGAUAAGUACAAGUAUCUUUUGCCUGGCAAUUGCAGAAGAGAAGACAGAUGAGCACAUUCAGAAGUGAGACUUCCUAGCUCAUCCUUCUAAGGAGGAGCAACGGGGCAAAUUUUGUUGCAGAUUGUGAUAGAAAUGACAGAGGGAUUGACUGUGUGGGUGGGUACACAGCUGAGAUUCUAGUUUAAAAAGAAUUGUGUUAUGGACUCUUGGAGAGAUUAGCUGGUUUCGGAGUAGAGAUGUCUACAUUGUGUCACCAAGGUCACACAGAAGAAAUAUAGAAAACCAUGAAACUUUCAUUAUUUUCUUCUGGUUCGGUGUGGCAAGAGGAGUCCAUGAUCUUAAAAUGUUUUGGAGUUGAAUCUCAGUGCUGAAUAGGAUUUUCCAUUUUUUCCCAGUUUGAGACUAAUUGAUACGUAUAUAUGUGUUUCUUUUUUCUUUACCCACCGUGUUUUCUUUUUUUUUUUGGAGAAAGUUUUUGACUCAAUACUGUCUCAUCUGAAUCAAGUGAUCAUCUUAAUAGACUCAGGUGGACUCACUCAAUUCUUUGUAAGAGUCUUAAUCAUCAUUCUCAAGUGGCAGCGCUCAGGAUUUUCCAUGGAAAAUUGCUGACAGCGGCGUUCUGCAAGACUCGGGAUUGAUUUUGUGCAUAUUUGAUUGAUUACAUGAUACAGAAGUCAUUUCGGACCUGAAUUCCACCAAACGAAUAUACUUGUACAUAGGAUAGAAUGUAAGAGAAAAAUGUGGGUUGAGGAGUCAAUUCGAGUGCUUUGCUUUAUCCUCUACCUGUUUGUUUAGGACUUUGUAAGGACACCACCACAACAUUUUUACUCAAUUUUUGUGGUUUGAUCCGAUUAGAUAAUAUCAGCAAUAUCAUGGUCUUGGAAAUGUCUAUUUUCUGAUUCCACACUAUUCUUUUUUUUUUUU